UUCGCUUGUCAUGCGAAUCAAUUAGCAACGAAAAUGCCUACAUCAGUCACCCAUGUCGCACUUCAACUUUAUAGCAAAGCAAAUAAGGAGCCAAAACCAACUAAAACAACUCCAUGCACAACUCAUUCAAAACUCCCUCCACAACCAGGACUUCUGGGUGGCACAACUCAUUCAUCUUUGCACGCGCCUUCAUGCAGCGCCACGCUACACCACCCAGGUUUUUUAUUUGGCCCCCCAACCUGAUGUCUUUGUCUGUAGCAAUAUGCUCAAGUAUCACUCCCAAAUGGGUGCUACAAAUGAGGUUUUUGCACUCUUUGAUCAAAUGCAGGAGGCCAAUGUAAAGCCUGUGGCUUUUGUGUACCCAUUAUUGAUCAAAUCCUCUGGUAAAGCGGGGAUUCAAUUCCAUGCCCAUUUGUUGAAAAGGGGUCUUAAUUAUGAUAAAUAUAUUCAAAAUGCAGUAAUGGGAUUUUAUUGCAAAUAUGGGCCUAUUGAGUCUGCUAGGGAACUGUUUGAUAUGAUGCCUGAGCGAACUAUUGCGGAUUGGAAUUCGAUUAUUUCAGGUUACUGGAAUUGGGGGAAUGAAGUGGAGGCGCAAAAGUUGUUUGAUUUGAUGCCGGAGAAAAAUGUGAUUACAUGGACUGCAAUGGUUUCUGGGUAUGCAAAAGUAAACGAUUUAGAGAGUGCAAGGAGGUAUUUUGAUAAAAUGCCAGAGAAAAGCACUGUUUCGUGGAAUGCAAUGAUUUCAGGUUAUGCUCACAAUGGGCUUGCCCAAGAAGCCAUAGAGUUGUUUAAUGAGAUGAUGAGUUUUGGACUCACACCAGAUGAAACAACUUGCGUUGCUGUUGUUUCUUCGUGCUCAAUGCUUGGUGAUCCUGGUCUAGCUGAAUCGCUUGUCAAGAGGAUUGCUGAGAAGGGCACUUGUCCAAACCAUUUUGUCAAGACUGCGCUUCUUGAUAUGUACGCCAAGUGUGGGAACCUUAAUAUGGCCAGGAAGAUCUUUGAUGGUUUGGGUGAAUGCAGGAACUUGGUUACGUGGAAUGCAAUGAUUGCUGCUUAUACAAGGGUUGGUGAUUUGGCUUCAGCUAUGGGGCUCUUUCAUCAAAUGCCCAAAAAGAACGUUAUCUCGUGGAACUCAAUUAUUGCUGGUUGUUCGCAGAAUGGAGAGUCAGCAAUGGCUAUAGAGCUCUUCAAAGAGAUGAUAGCCAGUAAGGAUUUAAAACCAGAUGAAGUUACCAUGGUGAGCGUAAUCUCAGCUUGUGGCCAUUUGGGGGCUCUGGAAUUAGGCAACUGGGUGGCAAAUUAUCUAACUGAAAACCAGAUAAGGUUGAGCAUUUUGGGAUGCAAUUCUUUGAUUUUCAUGUACUCCAAAUGUGGAAGCAUGAGAAAGGCUAGGAAGAUUUUUGAAGAAAUGGAAAAUAGAGAUGUCAUUUCCUACAACACUUUGACUACAGGCUUUGCAGCUUAUGGCAGCGGUGCUGAAGCGCUUGAGCUGCUGUCAAAGAUGAAACAAGAAAGUAUGCAACCUGAUCGGAUAACUUAUAUUGGCAUCCUAACUGCCUGCAGUCAUUCAGGAUUGCUGGAAGAAGGGAAGGCUGUUUUCAAGUCAAUUAAAGAUCCAGAUAUUGAUCACUAUGCAUGCAUGGUUGAUUUGUAUAGUCGAGUGGGCAAACUUGAUGAAGCAAAAAGAUUGAUAGAUAACAUGCCAAUGCAUCCCCAUGCAGGAAUCUAUGGGUCUCUCCUCAAUGCUAGCCGAGUUCAUAAAAGAAUUGAUCUUGGAGAGUUUACUGCAAAUAAACUCUUUGAGCUUGAGCCAGAGAAUUCAGGAAACUAUGUUCUGCUUUCAAACAUAUAUGCAAGUGCAGGUCGGUGGGAAGAUGCAGACAGAAUCAGAGGGUUGAUGAAGGCAGGAGGAGUGGCGAAAGCAACUGGUUGGAGUUGGGUUGAACAUGGAGGCAAGAUACACAGAUUUGUAGUCGGUGACCACUCGCACAAGCUUUCAGAUGACAUAUACAGAGUACUGGGAGAAAUGAAAAAGAAAAUGAUGGUUGCUGGCUACAUGGCUGAUAAAAGCUGUGUUUUAAGAGAUGUAGAGGAGGAAGAGAAAGAAGAGAUGGUGGGGACGCAUAGUGAAAAGUUGGCAGUUGCUUUUGCUCUUCUUAUUAGUGAACCUGGAGCAGUCAUUCGGGUGGUGAAGAACCUUAGGGUUUGUCGGGAUUGCCAUAUGGCUAUCAAGAUAAUCUCGCACUUGGAAAAGAGGGAAAUAAUUGUAAGAGAUAAUAACAGAUUCCACUGUUUCAGAGAUGGGUUGUGUUCCUGCAAUGACUACUGGUAGUCUUGCGUGAAUGGAACACCCCUGUGUGUCGUAGCACUCAUUAGUUAUUGUGCUUAAAGGCCAGUGGCUGCAAUUUUUGUAGCAGUAAUUUCUGCAGUUUAAAGAGGUAUGGAAGAAAGAAACAUUAUGUUGAA